AUGGAUAGAGAUAGAGAACGUUCUGGCUCUAUAAACUGUCCACCUUUUUUUGAUGGGAAUGAUUAUUCUCAGUGGAAAAUUAUGAUGCAAGCCUUCUUACAUUCACAGGAUGAACAUAUCUGGAAUAUUGUUGAAUUUGGGUGGGAGGUUCCCACAAAGGAAACUAAGUCUAAAGAGAGUGAGAGUUCUGCUUCCAUAAAAGAACCUAAGUCUAGGCAAGAUUGGUCUAUAGCUGAAGUACGUGAUUUUAACAAUGAUGUUAAAGCACGGCACAGCUUGUAUACGGCUCUUUCUAUGAAAGAAAAGAAGCGUAUUGGAACUUGUAAGACUGCGAAGAAGGCAUGGGAUCUUCUUCAAAUGACUUAUGAAGGAAACAAGAAAGUUAGGACUCAGAAACUUCAGAAAUUAAUUUCUGAGUUUGAGACAAUGACUAUGGGAGAUGAUGAGUCCAUUGAUGAUUUUCAUUCUAGGCUUAUAAAUGUGACGAAUGAGUGUGAUAGUCUUGGUGAUCCUAUUGCUGAGAAUAGGAUUGUAAAGAAAUUCCUUAGGUCCUUACCCUUGAGUUUUCAAAAUAAACAAACUGCCAUUGAAGAAGUUCAGGAUUUAGAUACCUAUACCUUAGAUGAACUUCUUGGGAAUCUUCAAACUUUUGAAAUGAAAAUCAGGCCAGAUAAGAAAGUAAAAACCAUUGCCUUGAAUGCUGUUACAAAAGUGGAUGAAAAGCCAAAAGAGUUAGUAAAGGAAAAGGAUAGUGACUCCGAUUUUACUGCUGAAGACUUUGCUCUCUUAACCAAACAUUACAAAAAGUUUUUAAGGUCUGGUAAUUCGUUUCAAAUUUCCAAGAACUUCUCUGGGUCUAGUUCUAGGAGAAAUAUGAGCGGUGACUAUUCUUCUGAAAAAGACACUAAAGCUAGGUUUACCUAUAAGAAACCUUCUGUUGAUAAACCUAAGUGUUUUGAGUGUCAGGGUUUCGGACAUCUUGCGGCAGAUUGUGGAAAUAAGAGAUUCAAGGCUCGUUCAAAUAAGGCUAUGAACACAACCUGGAGUGAUUCUGAGUCUGACACUCAAUCUGAGUGUGGUGAAGACAACGUUGCCUUAACUGCUGCUCUUCAUCCUUCAUCCUCAUGUGAGUACGAAGAAAAGGAUCUUGAUGAUGAAGAAACAAAUGAUCAAGCCAUGGCUGACAAAUACCAAGAAAUGUGUAGAGCCUCGACCAAAAUGUUGAAGCUAAAUCAAUCUUUGAGUGAAAAACUUUGUCUGGUAGAACAAGAAAAGGAGGGGAUUGCUAAGCACUUGCAAUCCUGCACAAAAAACUGGGAGAUCGAGAAGUCAGUGUAUGUUGGGCGUAUAAAGAGCUUACAAGAUAAUUUGGAUACCCAAAUUAGUCUUGUUAACUCCUUGUCUUCUGAAAAACUGAGCUUAGAAUUUUCUUUGAAAUAA